GUUAGGUCACUUUGACAGAAAACUCUGCAGAGAUGGGGUUGCUGUCAACACUGACACGCGGGCUGAUAAGAGGAGCAGACCGAAUGUCUGCGUUCACCAGCAAGCGUGGCCCAAGGUCCAACUACAAAGGGAGAGGGGCAAGACCAGCAGGCCGUCUGACCUGCAGUGGGAAGUUUGUCCCUGUGAAAGAGAUGAUCCCGGAGUUUGUAGUGCCUUCCCUGGAGGGGUUUAAACUCAGGCCUUAUGUGUCCUAUAAAGCCCCAGAUGGAACAGAACCUGUUCUCACACCCGAGACGCUCUUCAGUCAGACUGUUGCUCCGCAAAUUAAAAAGGACAUUGAAGAGGGCACAUUCGAUAUGAACAACCUGAAGAAAUACGGCCUUGACCCCAAACAAGAAGGAAAGCUGUUCAAACUGUAUCCCAAAAACUUUGUGCGCUAACAGUGACUCGCAUGAACUGACUCAGAAACAACUUCACCACAAACAAAAUCAACAGUGCAUACAUGUAGUAAUGCACAUGGAUGUUGGACAUCUGUGGCGUGGUGGGAUGCUGUGGAAAUCAUAAUGUAACAUGCAUUCAACUGUUCAACGCUUGUGCCGAUUUAUGUGUAAUAUUUUGUGAAAAUACCAUAAAUGUGUCUCUUGGAGUCAAUGAACUAAUUAAAUAAAAUAUUGAUGUAACA